AUGGAGCAUCUGCCUUCAGAUCCAGGAGGAUUGGAAGUCCAGAAUCUUCACAAGAAGGCGCGGGAGUCUCUGCCAAACCAUGCAGAUGUAGAGUUCCCUCAAUUUCCUGAGCUCCCAUUUGAGCUCCGUGGGUGAGUCCACCUCCCUCUCCCAAAGGAUUAGCCUACUAACGUUAUAGAAUUAUCUGGGAAAUGGCCUGUCUGGUCCUAAGGGUACACAUUAUUAAAGAUGAUAGACCGCGCUAUAUUUUAAGCAAGUCACGGCACUGCAACAGAUCAAGAAUCGACCCAAUAUUCAAUACCUGCAAAGAAGCCAGAGAAGUGGUACGUUCUUUACAACUGGACUACUUCCGAUGCAUUGGGAAGGGUUAUGACAUUGGAAUGGAUCGCAACGGCGACGGUAGACGCCAGCGCAAUACAAGUGAGAUUUUCUCAGCAAGAAAUCACUUCAUGAUUGAGCUCGAUACGUUUUGGUUUAUGAGCGACAAAGAUUUUUCAUCCCGUACUAGGUUGGGCCUCUUUCAAGACGUUGCGUGGUACUGUGGUAAAUGCAAUCAAAAACAAGACUGGAUCAUUGGUCAGGAGGGGUGUGUCAGGUGGAGAAACCUAACCCUUCACAGUAUUGCCAUUAGAUUGAAUGAAUGGAAGGCACCCUCAGCUACUGGAUACAGAGUUCUUGAUCAAUUGGCCAGGUUGGAGGCGAUUUGGUGUUCGAUGGCCCUUGCCAUUGAUUGUAGAGCGAAGGAAAUGUUGAUUGUUGUUGAGGAAUUUGGCAUCUUUGAUCGCAAACAGGACCUCAUCUUUCUAUCACCAGAUGAACGUCCCAGACGUGGCAUUCUAGAGGAGAAAGCCGGCGAUUUUGCCACUAAACCAUUAGAUUUCUACAGAUCUGGCGAGAAUAUGUUUCAGUCCGCCUCUAAAGAGGCCACUUGGGCUGAAUAA